UCUGCCUCUCUCUUGUCAUGUCUGCCACAAGUGAGGGAAAACACGAAGGCGACCUGACAACCCCGGAAAUCCAGAACUCGGCCGCCAGACCCACCCAAGCCCGUCAUUCAGGAACCCCCAUCCCGGGCCUUGCAACCUUCCUUGCCUUGCCCCGUCCACAGCCAGGGCCACUCCACUCUUUUUGCCUCUCCCAUUGUGCAGCCGGCCCUUUUCGCUUCUGCUCUGCGUCCCGUCCCACCUCGCCACCGUCCUCCCACGCCAGACGCCCACGCAUGCCGUACCCGUUCCUGUAGCAGCUAAAGAUGAGCAUUUCCUAGGGACCAUGCUCGAUGCCAUCCUCACCUGGCAGCCUGGACCCCUCGGAUCGGUAUCUGGCAAGACACCGUGACACUUCUCCCAUCAUCAGACACCGCACUCGCACCCACACACCACUGCGAGUUGCAUCCUGCCGCCGCCCCGCGCGCCCACAAUCCCCGAGGAAGCUUCCUCUGGCUGCUGCUGCCGCCGCCACCCGCCGUUGUUGCUACCGCUGCGCUGUAGCCGGAGCCCAGUUCUCACCACAGUGGAAGCACAUUGAAAGGGAUCCCUCCGCCACUCCUUGAUCACCAUAUUCUGCACUCCUCCACCGAGACACGCAGCCCUGGGGCUAUCAUCAUCCAGAGACUCCCUCUGCCUUCUAUCCUGCCCGGCCGCACGCGCAACCCAAGGCCGUGGUUGUGCAGCGCCAAAGUGCUCCUGCAGGUCAUUGGCCCAAUGUCGGAGACCAGAAUUCGCAAAAUCCCCCAUUACAAGACGCUGUGACCGUGCCCGCGACCUGGUCACGAUAUUCCCGAGAUCUCGGCCGCCCGCCCCCACCACCCUGCAUUGCACGCCGGUCACGCUCUCGCCCGCGCUCGACGGCCCUCUCUUUGUACGAGGCUUCUAGGUCUCCCACUUGAACAUCAAGGGCGAGCCGGCCAUGGACUCGGGUCGAGAUGAGGCCGCGGGUCACUCACAGACUUCGGCGGAAACAUCUCAGAGCUCGCAGCCCAUCGAACAGGCAGACGCUACUCCAGAUCCCGAACCGAGAGCCACAGCAGAUUCCCGUCCCGGCAGCUCCACCCCCUCACAAGCUGCACCCCCCCCUCGAACCACCAUCGAUACUUCCGUGCCCCUGUUCGGCAGCAAUCCACCUCUGGAAACCCCCAGCGUGCACUCGACAUUGAGUGCCGCGUCUGACCACCACACUGGUCAUGGCAGCCAGGCAGACCCGGGCGACCGCGUCUUUCCAAUACGCUCCGUCAUCAGUGUCGCCCCGUCGAGUAGGACCUCGGGCGAGUACUUCCCGCGAAUGCCACCACCCGAGGGCGCCGGGCCAUCCCAUGCAAGUGGCAGCUCCCGGUUUGAUGCAGAGACGCCAGUGAGGCGCGCCGGUAGUAUAACGAGUGACUCCGUUCUGUCUUCGGCUCAGCUGAAUCUCGCGGCUCAUCAAGAGGGUGAUCCGUACCGCAGGGCACGGUCGAACACCACGGGUCCCAGGUCCAGUGUGCAGGCCGACGCCGAACGACACCGAUCAGCCACCCUCAACUUGUUUAGCGACGAUUCUGAGGAUGAGGCAUCCGAACCAGCCGGGGACAUGCGCUUAGGUAUGGCUGCAAGCUCGAUUGGGCGAGACUCGGCCGGUGGACAGCCUGACAUCCCCCCUGAUGGCUACGUGACCUCACGUUUCAAGCAUGUCAUGACCGACGAAGGCCAUUUGGUCAUCACAGGGCGGGAUGGGACCUUGCAGAGAUGCGAGGACGAGCCCAUCCACGCCCCGGGGGCUGUCCAAGGCUUCGGCCUCAUGCUUGCUAUACGCGAGGAAGCCGAUGGGCGGUUCACCGUGCGAUAUGCCAGCGAGAACUCGAAGCGCAUCAUCGGCUACACCCCCCUCGAACUGUUCCGUCUCAACAAUUUCACGGACAUCCUCACUGAGGAACAGGCCGACAACCUGCUAGACCACAUCGACUUCAUCCGAGACGAGGAUGCAGACCCAGCUGUCAAUGGCCCAGAGGUCUUCAGCAUGUCCAUUCGGCCACCAAAGAAGAGGUCCAUCAAAUUAUGGUGCGCUAUUCACUCUCACUCAGCCCACCCCGACCUAAUCAUUUGCGAAUUCGAGCUGGACGACGACCAUGAAUUCCCAUUGAGGCCAGACGACGAGAGGACCCCGGAUGUUCCAGCAGAUACACUUCGAUCGAACCCCACCAUGGAUGAGCUCACGGAGAGCACCGAGAUCUCCAGCAAGCCGCUCAGAGUUUUGAGAAGCGCUCGCAAGCGGAGGGGCGAGGCGGGCGCCAUGCAGGUCUUCGACAUCAUGUCGCAGGUUCAAGAGCAGCUUGCAUCUGCGACCAACCUUGACCGCUUCUUGAAGAUCCUUGUGGGCAUAGUCAAGGAGUUGACCGGCUUUCACCGGGUUAUGAUAUAUCAGUUCGACGCGUCAUUCAAUGGAAAAGUGGUCACGGAACUUGUCGACCCUGUGCAUACGAAGGACCUGUACAAGGGCCUUCACUUCCCUGCUUCAGACAUCCCCAAGCAGGCUCGGGAACUCUAUAAGCUCAACAAGGUGCGACUACUCUACGAUCGGGACCAGGAGACCGCGAGACUUGUCUGCCGUUCAAAGGAAGAUCUAGAUGUUCCCCUGGACAUGACACAUUCGUACCUUCGCGCCAUGUCACCGAUCCAUAUCAAAUAUCUCGCAAAUAUGGAGGUGCGCUCGUCCAUGUCAAUAUCAAUUAACGCCUUCAACGAACUCUGGGGGCUCAUUGCUUGCCACUCAUACGGGACGAAGGGUAUGCGCGUGUCGUUCCCGAUCAGGAAGAUGUGCCGCCUUGUUGGAGACACUGUCUCGCGGAACAUUGAGCGACUUUCAUACGCAUCGAGGCUCCAGGCUCGCAAACUUAUCAACACUGUACCUACCGACAAAAACCCCUCAGGUUACAUCAUCGCAUCAUCCGACGACUUGCUGAAAUUGUUCGACGCGGAUUUCGGUAUGCUUUCUAUCAAGGGCGAAACCAAGUUCAUGGGGAGGGUUGAUCAUUCGCAAGAGGCUCUCGCUAUGCUCGAGUACCUGAGAUUGCGCAAGUUCAGUUCAGUCUUGACCACACAGGACAUCAAAGUGGAUUUCCCAGACUUACACUAUCCCCCGGGCUUUCACUUCAUCGCGGGUCUUCUCUAUGUUCCGCUCAGCGUUGGUGGCAGUGACUUUAUUACAUUCUUCAGAAAAGGUCAGGUGCGGGAGGUGAAAUGGGCAGGAAACCCCUACGAAAAGAUUAUUCAGGAGGGAACCCAGAAUUAUCUCGAGCCGAGGAAGAGCUUCCAAGUGUGGCAUGAGACUAUCCUUGGCAAAUGCCGCGAAUGGUCUGAAGAGCAGAUCGAGACCGCCGCGGUUUUGUGCCUUGUCUAUGGCAAGUUCAUCGAGGUAUGGAGGCAAAAGGAAGCCGCUCUUCAAAAUAGCCGCCUCACAAAACUCCUGCUGGCCAACUCAGCGCACGAGGUGCGCACACCUCUCAACGCCAUCAUCAAUUAUCUGGAAAUAGCUCUCGAGGGCAGUCUGGAUCAGGAAACCAGGGACAACCUCGCCAGGUCACAUUCUGCCUCGAAAUCACUCAUUUACGUCAUCAAUGAUCUCCUUGAUCUGACCCAGACGGAGGAGGGCAACAAUCUUGUCAAAGACGAGAUUUUUGACUUCAUCGCCUGUGUCCGAGAGGCGACAGAUCCAUUCAGAAACGAUGCAAAGAGAAAGGGCAUUGAGUACGAAGUUGUGGAGCACCCAGGAUUGCCGAAAUAUGUUUGUGGCGAUCAAAGGAGGCUUCGCCAGGCUGUCUCCAAUGUAACAGCCAACGCGGUACAGCACACUUCCAAGGGUUCCGUCAAAAUUGAGGUUUACUCUGCCGAAGUGCAAGAGACCAGAGUACGCGUGGAGAUUAUUGUGCAAGACACGGGACGUGGGAUGAGCGACUCGCAGCUAGACGCGCUGUUUCGCGAACUGGAACAGGUGUCGACCGAAGAGGUCAAUCUCUCGGAAGACGAACCGGAGGCCGCCAAAGAGAAACCAGAGACUUUGGGCUUGGGACUCGCGGUAGUGGCUCGUAUUGUUCGCAAUAUGGAUGGACAGCUGCGUCUGAAAUCCGAGGCAGGCAAAGGAUCCCGAUUCGUGAUCCAGCUUUCAUUCGAGAUGCCGCCAAGCGAUUCACCGGGGUCACAAGAUAGCGGGGUGCCUGGUACGACGUCAGUCACGGGGUCAGCCGCUUCCGUAUCGACAACGCGACCGCCAGCCGGGGACGGUGAAGUCAUGCUCAUUGAUCGUGGAAGCACCAGCCUCCACAAACAAGCGUUGACGGCGAAGAGGAGCUUCGACGACAAUGUCAGCCUCGAUAGUCACCGGACAGGGACGAGUCGGGGAAGUGCACAGAGCUCCAAAAGCGACGCCGACAGACUCAUUGACGCCAUCCAGACACCCUUGGGCAUUGGAGAGCCGGAGUCGGAAUCAACCAGUGUACAACGACGAAAUUCGAAAGGUGCCUACUACAGUGGCAGUCCACGACACACUACUUCACGUUCCAUGAGUCCGAAUCGGUCUUUUGGCAGACCUGGUGGCUUGAUGAGAUCGAUUUCAACGCCUGACAAAAACUCAGAAGUCGCAGCCAGUCAAGACGGACCCGAUGGCCCAGUCGGUUACGACUUCAUCACCGAUACAAAAACACCAAUUCGACCUGUGAAGAUUCCAGACGAGUAUCAAGACCAGCCGGAAGCGCCUGUUCAGCCUAGCGAGACCUCGGGAGUGCUGUUUGAGGUGUCAGAUGCGGCGCCAACUGCAAGGGGUAAGGCCGGUUCAGGCGCGACAACGAUUGAUGGCAAUGUCCACAAAGCAAGCAAGCCGGAGUCGGCCAAACUACGAGUAUUGGUGGCCGAGGACGACCCCAUCAAUAUGAAGAUACUGCGCAAGCGAUUGGAGAAGGCCGGCCAUACGGUACACCACACUGUGAAUGGAGAAGACUGCGCUGCAGCUUACAGGGAGAGCGCCGUUGAGUUUGACGUGGUUCUCAUGGACAUGCAGAUGCCUAUAAUGGACGGCCUAACAGCAGCCAAAACGAUAAGAGAGAUCGAACACGCGGGCGAGCAUCAGUAUCUCUCUUCCAUUUCUUCGAAUCAUGGUAGAAUCCCGAUUUUUGCGGUUUCGGCCUCUCUUCUGGAGCGUGAGAAACAGACGUAUAUGUCUGCAGGAUUUGACGGCUGGAUUUUGAAACCCAUCGACUUCAAAAGGCUCGAAAGCCUGCUGUUUGGCAUAAUCGACGAUCAGACUCGGAAUGAUGCCGUGUAUAAGGCUGGGCAGUGGGAGCGCGGCGGUUGGUUCAGGAAGAGGCUGGAGCUGCCCUCGCAGGAGAAAGCCAAAGACGCUCCGCCUCUCCGAGACGUUGAGCUGCAUGCCAACGAGAUCAACGCCGCCAGGGCAAGCAUGGCUUGAAAAGCCCUCGCACCCGCCGGCCCCCACGUGCCGGCCAAAAUCUCCAAAUCGGAUCCGCCUGGGAACCCCGACACUCGGACAACAAUUUCCAACUCAUUUUCACAACUGUGUACGGUCGCCUGCCGCCCGAUACCCCAAACUGUAAAUUUGGCGUCUUUGGCUUUCUUUCCCUUGUUUUCUUAGGGGGUGGGGCGAACGGAGACAGGCCUGGAAAAUAUACGAUACCCGGCAUUUUGCUUUCACUCAUAUACACGAUUGGGAGGAACAUUUACAUGUACACAUGGCGACUCAUUGGCAAUGGCGUUCUGAGGUGCAUUUAGGCGGAGUAACUUGGUCUUGAGGAGGUGCUACGGGAUACAAGUGAGAAUGCUCGGCAGCGGGGCCGGCCAAGAGUGGAAAUAGUGUUUCGUUCGCUCGGCCGCCAUGUUCGACCGUGGCCGGAGGAGGAUCUUGAAUUCAGGGGCCGUUGGCUUGGUACGGGGAUUCUCAUGCUGCCAGGCUGAGCGUCCAUGUUGAGGGCAGGUGAGGGCAGGUGAAUGCUGACCAGGUGAUGAGUGAGGCUCACAAGCGCGGAGCGUUGGAGCCGCAAUCACAGGGUGGAGAUGCGGUGGACCUUUGUCUUGUCUGCUCCUAGGCUACAAGAUGAAUGCACGUUCGAUUCGCGGCACUCGAGGAUCAACUGACUGACUGACGACUGAUUUGACUUGGUCCCUGUCGUGAAAGUGGCCCCGGGCGUGGUCCCACCAUCGCAGUUCAAGCACGCCCCCCCACGCCUCACUGAAUGAAGGGGCAAACAAACAUACUGUACCAAGCCGCCUUUGUGGGGUUGGUCCGUCGUCUGAAGCCUGAGCCGACUAUUGGGAUCGAUCACGCGCCCGAGUCGUCAUCGUUCAGUCCCUGUCGCCCCCUUUGCUGACACGAUAGCAACAACCUCGGGACGGAUCCAACAGAAGUGGGCCGUCUCGUCCACUCCUUGCUUUUUUGGCCUCCUUGCCCACAGAACCUGCCAGCCCAGCCCAGCCCAGCCAUCACCACCGCCCACACAGCGCCAGGGAAGGGCACAAAAAUCUCCACAUUGGCGCUGCAACAGCACUACUACGUAGUACACUGCGCUAUAGCUGGCUGCCCAAGAUGCAUGCAUAACCGGCCCUCCUUGCCCCAAGCCGGAAGGAUCAUCUUGUUACCAACGGCCUGGGUCCCGCCCCUCCUCCUCCUCCUCCUCCUCCCACUCACUCAACCCCCCUUCGGUCCCCUUUCGGCAAACAGCCUGAUAGCUCGCAAUCGUGGCAGCCAGCCAGCCAGCCAUUGACGGCUGUGGUUGGCAUUGAUUGUUAUGGACUGGGCUGGGCUGGGCUGGCAGAUUCCCCUCGAGAUCGAGAUUUUCCGGCCGAAUCCCGGGUCUCCGAGGGGGGUGGUUUGGACGAGGACUGCGGACCUGUUGUUGUCUAUACACACACAACGUGUGCAUGGUGACGCGAAGAGGAAUACCGAAGCCGCCGCGGGAAGGAAACUCCGGCCUUCCUCCUACUGUAUGUACAGUGCAGUGUAGUACCUGGCCGGCGGCCACAACCCAAUCUCGCCCACGUGCAGAGGACAUCUGUGCACGGUGACAUGCCACCGUGAGAUGUGAAUCACAGUAGUCAUGUCAACAAGUCAGGCGCACACACCCCCCGAUCGCCGAAGACCUGCCUACUUGCUCGCUUGCCCCCUUGGGAGGGGGGCGGAAUUGGUGGUGGCUCCACCCCCAAACCGAGCCUCCCGCCAAGCAAGGAGGCGCAAGUGAGAUGCGAACAGACAGGGCCCCGGGCCCAGGCCAGGGCUUGACAAGAGCUACUGUGUACUGACAUGAGUAUCUGACUGACUUGACUAAUAACUGGCCCUGACAAGAGACCAGACGAGAGAGAGGAGCCACCGCAGAUCUCUCUCCAUCCCCAUACUGUGGUGUAUACUAGUCUAUCCGGGGAUCCAGGGAGGAGGAAGGAGGAGAGGGUCCUCUCGGAAGAUGUCCUGGUGGGAAAGGAAAAAAAAAAGAGAAAGGAAAGCAAGACAGACAGACAACAGACACGGUACUCGUCCCAACACAAACACACACACACACAAACGUGUGUAAUAAACCAGAGAUAGACACAGUAGGGCAGGGCAAUAUGUAGGGC